AUGACGGAGGGAGUUUUCAGUCCAACGGAGGAAGAAAUCGAGAGGUUUUACACGACCCCAGGACCGGGAGCGUUCGACCUCGAUGUGGAGAAGGGGCUUGCUCCAGAUCAACAGCCGGUAAAUCCCGCUCGGAUUUUGACACGCAGAGAGCUGCUUCAUCAGCGUCUGGUGUUUGCGUCCAUCGUCUUCGCCUUCAACGUAGCGUGUAUUGUGGUCAGCGCGGUCGGAUACUCAGGCGUGUGGGUUUUGUGUGUGAUUCUGUUCUUCAAAAGUAAGGACUUCCUGUCGGUGUGGAUCCAGGUGUUUUGUCGGAUAUACUAUGCGAUCAAGAAACUGUUCGUGGCACUUCCACCUCGAAAAGCCGCUUGGAUCCUGAGCCUCAUCCCGGCGUAUUCCGAGUCGGAAGAGCAGAUUGUCAAGACUCUGUUCUCGUUGCGCGAUAACGGGACUGGGCAACAUCGUCAGGUCAUGUGUAUCAUCCUGGAUGGCAAGCCCAGACCGAUCAAAGAGCAUAUGACCAAGGUGGUUGCCUCUUUCGAACGACAAUAUGUCUCUCUCAAAUGGAAGGUCGGUACGUUGAAAAUUGAUGCCGGAUUUGUGGACGAUAUACCGACGCUGUGCAUCGAGAAGUCGCCUAAUGCUGGCAAGAAAGACUCUUUGGUGCUCUGUCAUGACCUCUUCAAUCACCCUCGGGCCAAUAUCGACAAGGACGUGCUUCGCCUCAGAGAAGAACUCUGGACCACCAUUUUGCCACAACUGACCAAGCUGCCGGACUUCGAGGCCUUCGACUCCAUUUUUGGCACCGAUGCCGACUCGACAAUUCACCAAGGCGCACUCGCUUCACUGGCAGACGCAUGUCUAGCGGACCCCAACGCCAUCGCAGCGUGCGGCUUCGUCUUCGUCGAGUACGAGGCAGGCCUCGAAUGGUCGGUUUGGAACCUCUACCAGCAAUUCCAAUACUCGUUCGGCCAGAUUGUCCGGCGUGGGGCAGAGCAUUUCACCGGCAAAGUCACCUGUCUCCCUGGCUGCAUAACAAUGAUUGUAGUACGUCCCGAAAUGGCCGGUGCAAUCCAGAAAUACGCAAAGCCCGUCACAGACUACCCUGUCCUGCGCCAUCAGGUCCAGUAUCUUGGCACAGAUCGGCGUCUCACGUACUCGAUGCUCUCGCAGGGGAAGCAUCUCCAUACGCUUUUCGUGCCUGAAGCAGGGUCGGAGACGGUCGCACCGCAAAGUCUGAAGCAUUACCUCAGCCAACGUCGCCGCUGGGGAAGUAAUGCGUAUUUCAACAACUACUUUUACCUUGCGGGUGAGAACAUGAUUGUGAUCACGCGGAUCGCGGCUCUUAUCGAGGUCACCCGUCUCAGCAUGGUCUACUACCGCGUCUUCAACACCGGCCUCUUCCUUUAUGGCGUAGCCACCAACUUCAAGCUCAUGAAAAUUUUGCCGUUGCUCGCGAUCUCUUUCACGCCGUCGGUCUGGUUUGCUUUCGCGGUUGUCUUUCUGAAUGGCCACCUUCGGAGGAACUGGCAUAAGCUGCUUUGUGGAUUCAUCAUUAACCGCUGUGUCAGCCCGUUCAUGAGCAUUACGGUGUUUAGUCUUGUGGCGAGGAAUCUGGGAAGCCAGGUGUGGGGGAUCAGUGGAGUGACUGCGGGCACGAAUGUCACGCUGGCGGUGGCUACGCAGGCGAUUGCGGAGGAAAAGGCGGCCGAGCGGGCGAGUGAGGAUCUGUAUGAUAGGAAGGACCUUCAGGUGUGA